AUGCUGCCGAUUUUGCUAGUUUCGCUAUAUGUUGUCGCGGUCUCAGCGAAAUACCUCCCCGUGCCGUUGAACAAUUUCUACGGUGCCGAGGUUUACUGUCAAUCGUAUGGGGCGCAUUUGGCUUUCAUGAAUCAACAGGGGUAUCCGGAUGCUUUUACCGGAUUGAGAAGGGGAGCGGAUGGAAGAUGGACAUAUACCGAUGGGACACCAUCUAUUUACGUCAACUGGGCUGCUUUCCAACCUUCAUCCGACAACUGCACGACAAUUGGCAUCGGUGGAUUAUGGUAUUCAGUGCCAUGUGAACAAAUCCAAACGGCCAUCUGCUAUAUUCCAGAUGCGCCUACCGUAGGCCCACCGACCUUGGCGCCCACAAUGGGCCCAAUUUCCUAUCAAUGCCCGACCGGCUGGAGCUACUUUACGACUAGUGGAGCGUGUUAUUGGGUUGGAUCCAGCAAUACCUUGGAUGCGGCUAGGACUACCUGUAAGCAGGUCGGCUCGGACUUGGUGUCCAUUCAUAGCAGCGAGGAGAAUGGAUUCGUUUUGGGCCUCGCCUUCCGCUACACUCAAAACUGCACGAAGGGCAGCCCCUGGUGGUACUCGGUCUGGACUGGAGGAGUAGCCUCAAAUGGAUACAACUACUGGUCUGAUGGGACCCCGUUCACCUAUUCGAAUUUCUACGGUCAUGGCGAUCCAACGAGUGGAGCGAUUUAUCUAAUCACCCAAAGCGGCUGCACCGAUUUUUCGCAAUGGCGCAUCACCCCUUCGCAGACGGUGUCGCUGACCAACUUCGUCUGCAAAACUGGGGCUUCGGCGAGUUAUCUGCCGGUGCCGUUGAAUACCUUCGCCGCUGCCGAGCGAUAUUGCCAAUCCUAUGGAGGGCAUUUGGCCUCUAUCCACAGUGGAUUUGACAACCAGGGCGUUACUUCCUUCGUGAAUCAACAGGGAUAUCCGGCGGCUUUUAUUGGGUUGCAGCGACAGCCAAGUGGACAGUGGACAUAUACCGAUGGGUCCACCAAUAAUUAUGUUAAUUGGGCUCUAAACAAUCCUACUAACGAAAACUGUGUCACGGUCGGCACUGACGGCUUCUGGUAUUCGGUCGGCUGUGAUGAUAUUGAGACCGCUGUUUGCUACAUCGCGGAUAUUCCCACCAUUCCUACCCUGCCUACGACGGUGCCAAUAAGAGGCCCACCCACUUACCAAUGCCCGCCCGGCUGGAGCUACUUUGCGACUAGUGGAGCGUGUUAUUGGGUCGGCUCUAGCAAUACGGUAGACGCGGCCCGAACCACGUGCACCCAGAUGGGGGCCGACCUGACGUCGAUCCACAGCGCCGAGGAGAAUGGAUUCGUUUUGGGUCUGGCCUUCCGCUACACUCAAACCUGCACCCAGGCCAGCCCCUGGUACUACUCGGUCUGGACUGGAGGUAUUGUCGCUAAUGGAUACAACUAUUGGUCUGAUGGAACCCCAUUCACCUACGCUAAUUUCUACGGCCAUGGCGAUCCGGUGAACGGAGCGAUUUAUCUGGUUACCGAAAGCGGAUGUUCCGAUUUCUCCCUCUGGCGCGUGACCGGCUCGAAGACGGCGUCACUGACGAACUUCGUCUGCAAGAAGUACAUUGGAAAU